CCUAUUAGUUCAGUAAACUUUCUACUGUCAUUUCUUCAGCACGUACUUUAAAUCACUCUGAAAACUUUCCAAUUAAAAAAAUGAAACUCGAUGGAAAAGUUGCCAUUAUAACUGGAGCAAGUUCAGGAAUUGGUGCUGAGACCUGCAAACACUUUGUGAUAGCCGGAGCUCAUGUUGCAGCAGUUGGCAGAAAUUUGGCUAACCUAAAACAAACAGCAGAAGCCUGCGCAAAAGCCAAUCCCUCAUCAAAAUGUCUGCUAAUUCAGGCUGAUAUCACCAAAGACACUCAAAAAAUUGUCAACGAAACAAUUGCUGAAUUUGGUAAAAUCGACAUUUUAGUCAAUAAUGCAGGGAUCACGGCGAAUGGAUCAAUUCUCGAAGCUGAUCUUCAACAACUCGAUAACAUUUUCGAUACAAAUUUUCGUUCAGUCUUUCAAUUGACGAAGCUUGUUGUACCACAUUUAAUCAAGUCGAAGGGUAAUGUUGUGAAUGUUUCAAGUGUUGCUGGUUUGCGAUCGUUUCCGAAUUUCUUAAGCUACUGCAUCUCGAAAGCAGCUCUUGAUCAGUUCACAAAGUGUGUUGCUUUGGAAAUGGCACCACAUGGUGUUCGAGUUAACUCUGUUAAUCCAGCUAUGAUUGUUUCGAAUAUUUAUAAAAAAAUUGGUGCAACUGAUGAAGAAUAUGCUAAAAUUUUGGAACGUUCAGCUCCCUCACAUGCCAUGGGACGUGUUGGAGAAGUUCAUGAAGUUGCACCGGCUAUUGUAUUUUUGGCUAGUGAUUCGGCCAGUUUCAUAACUGGUACUCAGUUUCUAGUCGAUGGUGGAAAGAAUUGUAUGUGUCCGCGAUAAUUUGUGUUAUUUGAGAUAAAAAAAUAAAGUAUUCAAAGUUGUGA